AUGAGCGAGAGAGAGUUCAGACCAAGCAGAGAUCAUGAUGUCAAAAUAAAAAGCAGAAAUCAGUCAAUGAGCCCCAACAGGCUGAAUAAAUCAGCAAAGUUUAGAGAUCGAUCAAGAGAUCGUUCACAUGAUCGUUCAAGUAUAAUAUCCAAUGGGAAACCAAGUGAGAAACCUAAGAGGAACGAUGGUGAUGAUACCGAAGAAAAAGAUUUGAAAACACAAGAUGAAAGAGGCCGUAGUUCAUCAAGAAAAGCUGAUGAACCUCAACAAGAAGGUUCAAAUGAUAAUGGUCAAGAUAUGAUGAUGCAAUUAAUGGGAUUUGGUUCUUUUGAGUCUACAAAGGGAAAACAUGUUGCUGGUGUUGGUUCAGGUACCGCUAAAAAGAAUAAAAAGGCUCAAUUUAGACAAUAUAUGAAUAGAGAUAAAGGUUUUAAUAGAAAUUUAUCACCUGAAAGAUCCAAAAAGAAAUAA